CCGUCUUUCACUUCAAUAGGGUCACAAAAUACAAUCCCUAGAAAACUGAAUGACUGGAAUUUGAAGGAAUCACUUGGAAGAAGAACUAACACUGGGUAAACCCUUAACAGUAUCAGUAGCUAAUAUUGAAAUAUGAGGUCGAAAAGACUGGAACUACAAGAAGCUCUCAAGAAGCAGAAACCGCGCAAUGCAUCCGUCAAUAGACGGAGAGCAAAAGAAACUGUGACUGAUGAUGCAGUGGAUGAAGAAAGACUUGAAGUUGUUGCUCUUGAGAAGCAGAGGUCGUUAAGAAAAAGACCACGCAUUGCAGUUGCCGAUGGCCCAAGGGAAAGUGAAAUUGUGACUGAUGAAGCGGAUGGAAGACUCAACGGUGUUGGUUUUGAUAAGCAGAAGCCUUCAGCAGAAAAACCAUGUUCUGCAUUCGUCAAUGGUGCAAGGGAAAAUGAAUUUGUGACUGAUGCAGCGGAUGAGAGACUCGACAAUAUUGCUCUCGAGAAGCAGAGUUCAGCAGCAACAACACCAUGUUCUGCGUUCCUCAAUGGCAGAAGGUCAAAAAAAAAUGUGGCAGUAGUGGGUGAAAGACUCAACGCUAUUGCUCUUGAGAAGCAGAAGUCGUUAACAAUAAAACCACGCGUUUCAUUAGCCAAUGGACGGAGGACAAAAGAAAUUGUAACCAAUCCAGUGGAUGAGAGGCUCAAUGCUGUCGAUGUCAGCCUUGAUUCUGGGUGCGAUAUUAGAGAUGAAGAUGCGGAUGGAGACGGUGGCGUACUGAUUAUGGAUGACCAAUCAUUACCCACCAACUCUGAUGAAAAUGCUGACAUAAUUGAUGCGGGUGGAGACAGUGACUAUCAAAUUGUGGAAGACCAAUGGUUACAGUUACACACCAACUCUGACGAAGAUGCUGACAUACUUGAUGCGGAUGGAGACAGUGACUAUCAAACUGAGGAAGACGAAUGGUUACCCACUAACUCUGAUGAAGAUGCUGACAUACUUGAUGCGGAUGGAGACAGUGACUAUCAAGUUGUGGAAGACCAGUCAUUACACACCAACUCUGACAAAGUUGCAGGUUCUUCAAGGAAAAGGAAAUUCGGUAAGGCCCAAAGGCAAGUUACUGACCCUCAUAGUGACUCUAACAUCGCAAACUGUAAUGGCCAAGGAAGCACUUCUCUGCCAUCGGAUACGCGAAUCCCAAUCAUAUUCGACAAAUAUGGGAGGCCUUGUGAUGUUGGGUCAGAAGAUUUUACAGUGGAUAUUGGAAGGAUAGUAAAAGCACAUUGUCGUCCUGCGAUCGAGUCUUGGAAAAUAGUUCCAGACAGUAUCAAAGAAAUUAUAUGGAAAGAUAUUGUUGUUAAAUAUAUCGUACCAGAAAUUUAUAAGCCUUAUAUUUUGUCAAGGGCUAACAAAUCUUGGAAAAAUUGGAAGCAUUUUCUGCGACUAAAGAUGGAUAAAUAUGAGACUAUUGCUGAGAAGAAAAAAAAUAUACCAUGGCGUUUGAUUAGAAACAGAGAAGAUUGGGAAAGUUUUGUUGAUUUCUGCAAUACUGACGAGGAUAGGAAACUUCGUGCAAUUGGUAAAAAAUCUAUCCAAGCUAUUGAAUUUACACACACAUGUGGCAGGAGAGGAAUUUAUCGCAAAAUAUACGACUUGGAAAAAGAGAAUCCAACUUGUGAAGUUAGCAGAGCUGCGAUAUUUCUUGACACCCAUAAACCCAGGAAUGUAAAUGAUCCUAAAAUGAGAUUAGUUAAAGAGCUUGUAGAAGCUAAUCCAGACGGUCAAAAAAAUAUCGACAAUGAUGCUGUCGCGUUGGUAUAUGGACGUGAUCCAAGAGGUUUAGUAAGAGGCCUGGGAGGAGGUGUUUCAAGGGCUAUGAUGCGUGCUACGGCUCCAUGUUUAGAAGCUCUUCACAAAAGACGGCAAGAAAAUAGGAGUUUGGAGUCUGAAAUCCAAUUACUCCGAUCACAAUUUGAAAUACACACACCAAGUCAUACUUCUACACCAUCAAAUCAACCUGCGCCACCCACACAAAAUCAUAGUCCUACACUAUCAAAUCAAUCUGCGUCGCACAUGCAAAAUCGUACUGCAACUCCGUCAAAUCAAUUUGCGUCUCAGGCACCUGAAGCAUCCAGCUUGCCUGCUCGCUCACGUUUGGCACCUGAUAGCUCCAACUUGCCUGCUCGUUCAAGUUUGGCACCUCCUGCAUCUAACUUGCCUGCUCGUUCACAUUUGGCAACUCCUGCGCCCAACUUGCCUGGUCAUUCGCAUUUGACACCUCCCGCAUCCAACUUGCCUGCUCGUUCACAUUUGGCAUCUCCUUCGUCCAACUUGCCUGCUAGUUUGCGUUUGGCACCUCUUGCGUCCAACUUGCCUGCUCGUUCCCAUUUGGCAGCUCCUGUGUCCAAUUUGCCUACUAGUUCAUGUUUCAUAAAAAACUUCAAAGGAAGAACCAUUGCUUUGGGUAGCAUCAACGCUGCUGAUCCACCAAUGGAACACAUCUAUAAUUUAAGUAUCGAAGAAAUAUUUGACAGAGAUGCAGAUUUAUUUGAUGAAGAUGGGAAGCUUGGAGAUGUCAUGAUUGGUGGCGUGAUUAAUUGGCCAAAAGCAUGUGUUGAGUCCAACUUGCCUGCUGGCUCAUGUUUUGUAAGCAACUUCAAAAGAAGAAUCAUUGCUUUCGGUAGUUUCAACACUGAUGAUUCUCCGUCAGAACAUGUGUAUAGUGUAAUUGUCAAGGAAAUAUACGACAGAGAUGCAGAAUUAUUUGACGAAGAUGGGAAGCUUGGAGACGUUCCAAUCGGUGGCGUGAUUAAUUGGCCAAAAGCAUGUAUUAAGCCUUGUUAACAAUAAAUGUACGACUAGUGCUUUCUGCUUCCUGUAAUGCCCCAAAGUAUGUAAAGUCUUUGCAAUUGAUGUAUAUUGGCUUCGAGUUUUAGAAGGUUUUCUGUAUUGGAUGUUGUAUGGACAAGAAAAAGCUCAUGAGCUACAAUUUUAACAAUGGCAGGAGACCAAGUGUGUGCAGGUACUAAAGUUAUCACCAUGAAAUUUUUCUAAAAUAUUCGACGGAGUAUAGCUGUCGAAGGAAAAAUUGAAAAUU